UUCAAAAGCAAACAUAAACCAAUAUUUAAGAAGCACUUUGUACAAGCCAAUAACAGAGUAACAGUCCAAAAUCAGCUAAAUUCCAAGAUACACAAAUCAAAUGUAAAAAAUUUGAAUCUACGCGAACUCAAUUAACUGUACAUCCUCUUCCAGACUCUCAACCAUUCUCGCAUCCUUGCAAAUCCACAACUUGAAUCAAUCCCCGAUUGCCACCAUAGAAGUAGGACAACCGAAAAUCAUCGAAGGUGCCACAAAAAUUAUCCACAAAAUAAACAUCAGCGCAAUAGAAUCCUCUAUCUAAUCCAUAGAAAGAUUAAUUCUACAAAACAACUUUUCUUCUGACCAACUAAUCGAACACAAAUUGAAUAAGAUCAAAACAAAUUUACUACAGAUAAAACCCAGACACGAAAGAAGACCCAGAAGAUGGGAUGCUUUAGGUAGAGCCUGGAAAUGGCUAGCAGGAUCGCCAGACGCUGACGAUCUCAGAUCAAUAGACUAUUCCAUGAAACAGUUAGUAAGUAACAAUAAUGGACAGACCACAAUUAAUACUGAUCUUAUACAAAAACUAAACGACAUUACCGAUUCACUUAACAAUGUCACUUCCGUUGACGCUCUCAACCACCACAGCCUUUCCACUGAAAUAGAUCUAAUCAGGGUUGUCAUUAAUCUAGAUAUAAUUCAGGACGAAAUUGAAUCAAUUCAGAACGCCAUUAUGCUAUCUAAAUUAGACUUAAUCAAUAACCGAAUCUUAAAUCCUAGCGAAAUCAAAAUGAUCAGUAGCAGCUUAGAAGAUCAGGGAAUAUCAAGCCACCUCAUGGGUAAAGCACUCAACUUUGUGUCGACAGCGUCCAUCACCAACGGCGAAGUAAUCAUGUACAUCGUCAGCAUCCCGAACUUUAGCAAAACCUCAUUCCAACUACUCCACGUGGAAGCCAUCGUUCACAACGCAGAACAAAUAGCAAUCCCAGGUAAAUUGUAUCUAAUGAAGAAUGAGACACUCUUUCUACAAACAGGACCAUGUAAAAAUCUUAGCUCUUGGACGAUCUGCAAAACCACAGACAUCAAGGACAUUUCGGCAGACUUAUGCCUAAGUAAAGUCAUUAGAGGCAAGUCAGGAGAAUGUUCCUACGAAAUAGUAGCAAGACAUUUACCAGUACUAGAAAUGGGUCCAACGACACUGUUAAUUAACGAUGCGAAUGGAACACUAUCCAAUACGUGUGAAUUUUUCAUUUGCAAACAGCGUUGUUCAAGUAGUGGAACAUAUAAUAUUCACACCCACGGUUAAUCUAAAUAUUACCAGACUCCACACAUACAAAUCAUUCGAUGUUCAAGAGGUCCACGAGUUACAUCUGCAAAACAUCAAGAAGCUGGAACACUUAAAGCUGACAGCGAUUCAUGCCUCAUGGUUAACAUGGGGAGGAAUUUCUUUUACCACAUUGGCAAUAUUAGCUCUGGCAUUCUAUAUU